GACGAAUCAUGAUUUCUGCCGAUUUCAUUAUCUAUAGGUGAUGGUUUCACACCGAAGGGGAGUUAUUGAGUAUGUCCCGUGCUGUGGAAUAUUUCCUGACGGUUGUCUUGUAAGUAAGGAAUGUCUGCUGGUUUUCAUUCAUCGGGAUUCGCGCACAAACUGAAGGAAGAUGAAGAAGCAAUUCAACCGAAUGCGACAGCUCGCCAACCAGACAGUGGGCAGGGCAGAGAAAACAGAAGUCCUCAGUGACGAUCUGCUGCAGGUGGAGAAGCGUCUGGAACUAGUUAAGCAGGUGUCUCACAGCACACACAAGAAGCUGACCACAUGUCUUCAGGGUCAACAGGGUGUGGACGUGGACAAGAGAUCCGUCAGGUCGCCUUCGAAGAAGCUUCCUCUGACAUCAUUAGCGCAGUGUUUGGUGGACGGCGCCACUGUCCUGGGUGACGAUUCACUGCUGGGGAAGAUGCUGAAGAUCUGUGGAGAGACGCAGGACCGACUCGCACAAGACCUUCAGCUGUUUGAACUCCAAAUCGAGCGAGAUGUCAUCGAACCGCUCUACACACUCGCUGAGGUUGAAAUUCCCAACAUUCAAAAGCAAAGAAAACAUUUAGCCAAACUGGUGCUUGACAUGGACUCUGCUCGCACACGGUGGCAGCAGUCAUCCAGAUCUUCAACUCUGUCCAAUAAGGAAACGCCAACCGGGGCCAAAGCCGACGCCCUCAGGGAGGAGAUGGAGGAGGCAGCCAAUCGCAUGGAGAUCUGUAGGGAUCAGCUCUCAGCAGACAUGUACAGUUUCAUGGCCAAAGAAAUUGACUAUGCAAACUACUUCCAAACGUUGAUAGAAGUCCAGGCAGAGUACCACAGGAAGUCUUUAGACUUGCUCCAGAACAUUCUCCCUCAGAUCAAAGCUCAACAGGAGUCGUGGGUGGAGAAGCCGUGCUACGGGAAACCUUUAGAAGAACAUCUGAUUUUGAGUGGCAGAGAAAUCGCGUUCCCUAUCGAGGCGUGUGUGACCACGCUGCUGGACUGCGGCCUACAGGAGGAGGGUUUGUUUAGAGUUGCGCCAUCUGCAUCUAAACUGAAGAAGUUGAAAGCGUCGUUAGAUUGUGGAGUGUUGGAUUAUCAGGAAUAUUCUGCAGAUCCGCACGCUGUCGCAGGUGCUCUAAAAUCAUACCUGCGGGAGCUGCCCGAACCUCUGCUGACCUUUGACCUGUAUGAAGAGUGGAUUCAAGCAUCAAAUAUUGCAGAUCAGGACAAGCGUUUGCAAGCGUUAUUAACAGUCUGUGAGAAACUGCCCACAGCAAACAGCAACAACUUCAAGUAUUUAAUAAAAUUUCUUGCCAAGCUCAACGAGUAUCAGGAUUACAAUAAAAUGACACCAGGAAACAUUGCGAUAGUCCUAGGGCCAAACCUGCUGUGGGCGCACACUGAGGGGAAUAUUACAGAGAUGAUGACGACGGUCUCACUGCAGAUAGUAGGAAUCAUUGAGCCAAUUAUUCAGCAUGCUGAUUGGUUCUUCCCUGGAGAGAUUGAGUUUAAUGUAACGGGUAACUACGGCAGCCCCGUCCACACCAAUCACAACGCCAACUACAGCUCCAUGCCCUCACCUGACAUGGACCAAUCAGAGCGCAGGCAGCAGGAGCAGAGCAGACGACCCCUCAGUGUUGCCACUGACAACAUGAUGCUGGAGUUCUACAAGAAAGACGGUAUGGGAGUGCGAGUGAUGGACACUUCCUGGGUGUCUCGGAGAGGCUCUUCAUCGUCUCGUAAGAGCUCGUCGACUCCUCCCAGCGGACUGCCGCCAGCGCUGCCCUCGGAUGAGCAAUCAGGAGAUCUCUCCACCUCCCCCUCACAGACUCCGCCCCCCAUCAGUGAUAGGACCAGCACUCCGAUGAAUAAAGAGCCCUCGCCUGUGAUUGGUCAAAGAGGGAUUUCACCAACAGAGCCCUCUGGUGGACAGACACAGUUAUCAGACCAGAGUCCUUACACACUGCGUAAAGUUUCCAAAAAAUUGGCGCCCAUCCCUCCCAAAGGUCCGUUUUCUCCGUCUGGCUGUGUGUCGGAUCUAUCUCCAGGCCCUUCGCCCGUCAGUCUGUCCCCAACACCCCCCAGCACCCCAUCCUCGUAUGGCUUCAGUUACCCACAGGGAAGCUCCUUCCUCACGUCACCCGGACACAACCACAGUCAGACCGCCACCACGCCCUCUCUCUUCUCCGCGCCUCCGUUCACGGGCACCUUGCCCAAAUCACGACCCACUCCGAAACCGCCUCGCCAGAGACCGAACCUACCCCCGCCACAGCCUCCGGGUACGCCCGGUUUGAGCCCGCAGCCCCUGGAACAUGCCGCAGGCCUGCUGGAUGGGUUGUCAUCGGGCGAGAGCAUGUCAACAGACUCAUUGUGUGAUCUGGACAUUCCCGUUAUAAACGUUGAACUGGACGGCAUUCUGGACCACCAAUGUUGCGGCCCGUACAGGAACUCCAUAUCUCUGGUGGAGUCAGAGGAGGAAUCAGAGAGCACCGCACUAUAACACCUCCUAUCUGACAACUGCACGUCAUAUAACCAGAAUAUUCAACGCUUGCACUGAUGACAAACAGGAUCUAAAGGAAUAAGAAAAAAUCUACAGUUAUUCUACUGUGCUGUCGUGCUCCCAUCUUGUUUAUUUAUGUUUUUAGAGUUUUUCCAUUUCGUCUGUUUUAUAUUUGCCUUAUCUAAGUUCUUGCACUUUUGCCUUGAAGUUUGCUUGUUUGGACUGCUGUUGGGUUCAUGAUUGUAGAAGGUUAGAAGUUAACUGGAUCCCUCUGGCUCGGCUCAUUGUGAAACUAUCAACCAAAACGACCCCAAAGUAUCUCAAUCUGGAUCAAAACACUUGUGUCUCAUUCUAGAUCCACGUUUAACCCCAGACUAGUGUCUCACCCCAUGUUAUCUGUCUAGAUGAGAACUACAGUAUACAAACAACACAUAUUACACACUACAGCACAGACAGCUUAUACUGAAGAGAAAACGUGAUGUUGAGACUGAUUGGAAUGAAGGUCCGUUCACAUUGACAAGAUAUGAGAAUUUGGCAAUUCGUUGUUCUGCAACAAAGUUGCGAAAAGGUAAUCUUAAUGCAAAUAAGCAGCAAUAUGAAGCAGUGACUACCAGUAGGAGUGAAGACAAUGGAACUUGCAUGAUCCAUUUUCCAUCAGAUACUGUAGUUGAGCGUCUGGAAGACAGAAGUUCAUGUUACUGUGUGCAAAUUCAUUGUUCUGUAUAAAUUGACUGACCGUUAAUGGAAAACUAUCAGAAAUCAUAGGCAUUCUGAGAAGAAUUGCUCAUAUUUAGUUGAAAGAAAACUGAUUUGUUCGCAAAAGAGAAACUACAUCUUAUGUGUAGCAGUAAUGUCCCUUUUAUAAUUAGGGUAUUUUUAAAAAAUACAGAAACUGGAUGAUUUUCAUGAUUUUCGGUUCUUUAAACGGUUCUCGAGCAAGCAUUCUUCCAACAAUGUGGACGGGACAUGCUAUUAAAUCAGCAGCACGACCAGUUUAGCACGAUUCUCGAACGAAUGACUCUUAUGAGCCAGUUCAUUUGAAUCUACAGCGCUAAAUGCAUCGCACGAUCAGUGUAGUCCGAUUCCAGAACGAAUGACUCUUAUGAACCGGUUCAUUUGAAUCUAUAGUGUGAAACACACAUCAUGAUCAGUGUAGUCCAAUUCCAGAACGAAUGACUCUUAUGAACCGGUUCAUUUGAAUCUACAGCGUGAAACACACAUCACGAUCAGUGUAGUCCGAUUCCAAAUGAAUGACUCUUAUGAACCGGUUCAUUUGAAUCUACAGCGUGAAACACACAUCAUGAUCAGUGCAGUCCGAUUCCAGAACGAAUGACUCUUAUGAACUGGUUCAUUUGAAUCUACAGUGUGAAACACACAGCGUGAUCAGUGUAGUCCGAUUCCAGAACGAAUGACUCUUAUGAGCCAGUUCAUUUGAAUCUACAGCGUGAAACACACAUCACAAUCAGUGUAGUCCGAUUCCAGAACGAAUGACUCUUAUGAACCGGUUCAUUUGAAUCUACAGUGUGAAACACACAUCACGAUCAGUGUAGUCUGAUUCCAAACGAAUGACUCUUAUGAACCGGUUCAUUUGAAUCUACAGUGUGAAACACACAUCACGAUCAGUGUAGUCUGAUUCCAAACGAAUGACUCUUAUGAACCGGUUCAUUUGAAUCUACAGUGUGAAACACACAUCACGAUCAGUGUAGUCCGAUUCCAAAUGAAUGACUCUUAUGAACCGGUUCAUUUGAAUCUACAGUGUGAAACACACAGCGUGAUCAGUGUAGUCCGAUUCCAGAACAAAUGACUCUUAUGAGCCGGUUCAUUUGAAUCUACAGCGUGAAACACACAUCACGAUCAGUGUAGUCCGAUUCCAAAUGAAUGACUCUUAUGAACCGGUUCAUUUGAAUCUACAGCGUGAAACACACAUCACCAUCAGUGUAGUACAAUUCCAGAACGAAUGACUCUUAUGAACCAGUUCAUUUGAAUCUACAGUGUGAAACACACAUCACGAUCAGUGUAGUCUGAUUCCAAACGAAUGACUCUUAUGAACUGGUUCAUUUGAAUCUACAGUGUGAAACACACAUCACGAUCAGUGUAGUACAAUUCCAGAACGAAUGACUCUUAUGAACCAGUUCAUUUGAAUCUACAGUGUGAAACACACAUCACGAUCAGUGCAGUCCGAUUCCAGAACGAAUGACUCUUAUGAACCGGUUCAUUUGAAUCUACAGUGUGAAACACACAUCACGAUCAGUGUAGUCUGAUUCCAAACGAAUGACUCUUAUGAACCGGUUCAUUUGAAUCUACAGUGUGAAACACACAUCAUGAUCAGUGUAGUCCGAUUCCAGAACGAAUGACUCUUAUGAACCGGUUCAUUUGAAUCUACAGUGUGAAACACACAUCACGAUCAGUGUAGUCUGAUUCCAAACGAAUGACUCUUAUGAACCGGUUCAUUUGAAUCUACAGCGUGAAACACACAUCACGAUCAGUGUAGUCUGAUUCCAAACGAAUGACUCUUAUGAACUGGUUCAUUUGAAUCUAUGCGUUAAAUGCACCACGUGAUCAGUGUAGUCCGAUUCCAGAACGAAUGACUCUAAUGAGCUGGUUCAUUUGAAUCUACAGCGUGAAACACACAUCACGAUCAGUGUAGUCCGAUUCCAAAUGAAUGACUCUUAUGAACCGGUUCAUUUGAAUCUACAGCGUGAAACACACAUCACGAUCAGUGUAGUCCGAUUCCAGAACGAAUGACUCUAAUGAGCUGGUUCAUUUGAAUCUACAGCGUGAAACACACAUCACGAUCAGUGUAGUCCAAUUCCAAAUGAAUGACUCUUAUGAACCGGUUCAUUUGAAUCUACAGCGUGAAACACACAUCACGAUCAGUGUAGUCCGAUUCCAAAUGAAUGACUCUUAUGAACCGGUUCAUUUGAAUCUACAGCGUGAAACACACAUCACGAUCAGUGUAGUCCGAUUCCAGAACGAAUGACUCUAAUGAGCUGGUUCAUUUGAAUCUACAGCGUGAAACACGCAUCACGAUCAGUGUAGUCCGAUUCCAGAACGAAUGACUCUUAUGAGCCGGUUCAUUUGAAUCUACAGUGUGAAACACACAUCACGAUCAGUGUAGUCCAAUUCCAAAUGAAUGACUCUUAUGAACCGGUUCAUUUGAAUCUACAGCGUGAAACACACAUCACGAUCAGUGUAGUCUGAUUCCAAAUGAAUGACUCUUAUGAACCGGUUCAUUUGAAUCUACAGCGUGAAACACACAUCACGAUCAGUGUAGUCCGAUUCCAGAACAAAUGACUCUUAUGAGCCGGUUCAUUUGAAUCUACAGUGUGAAACACACAUCACGAUCAGUGUAGUCCGAUUCCAAAUGAAUGACUCUUAUGAACCGGUUCAUUUGAAUCUACAGCGUGAAACACACAGCGUGAUCAGUGUAGUCCGAUUCCAGAACGAAUGACUCUUAUGAACCGGUUCAUUUGAAUCUACAGCGUGAAACACACAUCACGAUCAGUGUAGUCCGAUUCCAAAUGAAUGACUCUUAUGAACCGGUUCAUUUGAAUCUACAGCGUGAAACACACAUCACGAUCAGUGUAGUCCGAUUCCAAAUGAAUGACUCUUAUGAACCGGUUCAUUUGAAUCUACAGCGUGAAACACACAUCACGAUCAGUGUAGUCCGAUUCCAAAUGAAUGACUCUUAUGAACCGGUUCAUUUGAAUCUACAGUGUGAAACACACAGCGUGAUCAGUGUAGUCUGAUUCCAGAACGAAUGACUCUUAUGAACUGGUUCAUUUGAAUCUAUGCGUUAAAUGCACCACGUGAUCAGUGUAGUCCGAUUCCAAAUGAAUGACUCUUAUGAACCGGUUCAUUUGAAUCUACAGUGUGAAACAUCACGAUCAGUGUAGUCCGAUUCCAAAUGAAUGACUCUUAUGAGCCGGUUCAUUUGAAUCUACAGUGUGAAACACACAUCACGAUCAGUGUAGUCUGAUUCCAAACGAAUGACUCUUAUGAACCGGUUCAUUUGAAUCUACAGCGUGAAACAUCACGAUCAGUGUAGUCCGAUUCCAAAUGAAUGACUCUUAUGAGCCGGUUCAUUUGAAUCUACAGUGUGAAACACACAGCGUGAUCAGUGUAGUCCGAUUCCAGAACAAAUGACUCUUAUGAACUGGUUCAUUUGAAUCUAUGCGUUAAAUGCACCACGUGAUCAGUGUAGUCCGAUUCCAAAUGAAUGACUCUUAUGAACCGGUUCAUUUGAAUCUACAGCGUGAAACAUACAUCACGAUCAGUGUAGUCCGAUUCCAGAACGAAUGACUCUUAUGAACUGGUUCAUUUGAAUCUAUGCGUUAAAUGCACCACGUGAUCAGUGUAGUCCGAUUCCAAAUGAAUGACUCUUAUGAACCGGUUCAUUUGAAUCUACAGCGUGAAACAUCACGAUCAGUGUAGUCCGAUUCCAAAUGAAUGACUCUUAUGAACCGGUUCAUUUGAAUCUACAGCGUGAAACACACAUCAUGAUCAGUGUAGUCCGAUUCCAGAACGAAUGACUCUUAUGAACCGGUUCAUUUGAAUCUACAGCGUGAAACACACAUCAUGAUCAGUGUAGACCGAUUCCAAAUGAAUGACUCUUGAAUCUACAGUGUUAAAUGCACCUUACGUUCAGUUUAGUCUGAUUCCAAAUGAAUGACUCUUAUGAGCUGGUUCAUUUGAAUCUACAGCGCAACCAGUGAUUCCUAUGAACCGAUUCUUUUGAGUCUAUACUACAAAACAUACAGCGCUACCUCCUGAACGAAUGACGCUUGACUGAUGAUUCGAUGACCUCUGGAGAUAAAAUCACUAUCAGUGUGAACAGUCUUUUGUCUUAUGAAUUCAAAUGUCUUUGUGUUUAAAGAAACAUAAACCGAAAGAGUGUGUUUUGCCCUCAGAUACGUAUGUGAAUAUGAGUUUAAAGAGAACAAAAACAGAUAUCACCUUUAAAGUCUUUACACUACGGUGACUGUGAAUGAAUGCUGGAUAUUUAAAGAGUGUGAAGUCUGUUUGUAGUAAUAUAUAACAUUCUUGAUAAAUUAAAGAUAAUAUAUGAAGUAUCAAAUCACAGAAAAUAUUACAAAUAAAAUUGAUGUAUUAUAUAAACAUUAUAUAACUGUAUGGAUACUGAGCAGAAAAGAGUGAUGGUCAUUUUUGAAUGUGUUUUAUUAUUUCACCCGUGUGUUUUGAAAUGGUACUGACCAAACAAAGGAUUGUAAUAACUCAAUUAUAUGGAUCUAAACUCUGCUGUAAGUAUUAGCAAGUCUAAAUGCUGUUCACCCUCCAAAUGCACCGCUGCAAACAUGUAUAUAGUCUAUAGAAGAAAAGAUCAAAUAUUUGUAAAGGCUUACAUUUAUGAGUCUCAUUCUCUCUCUAAAUAUAUAGAUAUAUAUACAGACAAUAUUAUUUUUGCUUCAAACACAAUUCUGGUACAUGUAAAUAGAGUAAUAUGCCGUGGUUCCUGUGCAGGUCUCUGGAAAUGGGACGUUUUUGAGCGUUUGCUGAAGAACAGCAUUGCGACAGAGAUUAAUUAAGUAUUAUUAAGUAGUCACAAGUUGACCUCUUACGGGAUGGUUGUUGUAGUGGUUUUGUGUGCUUGUGUGUGUUUGCAUGUUCCAAACUUGUUAAAAACUGACACGAUGUAUGAACGCCAACCACUGUUUAAAGACUGACACAUCAUCCGUCCUUUGAAGUCAGCAUGAAACGCAGUUUGCAUACUGUGACAUCAGCAGAAAAGGAAAGUCAUUUCGAUUCGUUUUUGAUGAAAGCUACGUUUAGAAACAUUUUAAUUUGGAAUAACGCACACUGAUGAAUCGUUCACAAUAAGACCAGGAACAUACAUACUGUAUAUUUAAAGGAAUAUUCCGGGUUCAGUACAAGUUGAGCUCAAUUGACAGCAUUUGUGCCAUAAUGUUGAUUACCACACAAAAAUUAAU